UGUUAUUGGCUGUCUCUGGACCUCAAGGAUAACAUUUCUGUCCUUUCCAUUGGCCGCCCUGCUGCUGCAAGCCUCUUCCCGUCUUAUUUUGAUGAUGAAUAUGAAGGCAUGCUAAGCCGUGCCGGAGCGCAGCUCUCAUCCACUGCACUCCCUCCCCGGGCUCAAGGACCGAGGGGCUCCCUCGCUGCUUCUCCUGCCUACCACCAGCAGCAGCAGCAGCAGCAGCAACGCUAAAAGUUGUGAUGCUUUUCUUCACCCAGUGCUUUGGGGCUGUGUUAGAUCUCAUUCACCUGCGUUUUCAGCACUACAAGGCAAAGAGGGUUUUCUCAGCUGCUGGGCAGCUUGUCUGCGUUGUCAACCCAACACACAGCCUAAAGUAUGCACCGAGCCGUUGUGCAGCUGCCCAGACUUCCACGGAGCAAGGCAUCCUUCCUCCCUGCCAUCACCAUGAGACAGUGCAUGACUCCCAGCUUGUUCCCUGCACAUGCCCACUCUUCUCCUGCUCAUGGGAAGGGCACCUGGAGGUGGUGGUGUCCCACCUGAGACAGACCCACCGCAUCAACAUACUUCAGGGAGCAGAGAUUGUCUUCCUGGCCACAGACAUGCACCUACCCGCACCCACAGACUGGAUCAUCAUGCACUCCUGCCUUGGCCACCAGUUUUUGCUGGUUCUCAGGAAGCAGGAGAAAUAUGAAGGCCACCCCCAGUUCUUUGCCACGAUGAUGCUGAUUGGCACACCAACCCAAGCCAACAACUUCACCUACCGGCUGGAGCUCAACAGGAACCAGAGGCGCCUUAAGUGGGAGGCAACCCCUAGGUCGGUGCUGGAGUGCGUUGACUCUGUCAUUUCAGAUGGGGAUUGCCUUGUGCUGAACACUUCCCUGGCUCAGCUCUUUGCUGACAACGGAAGCCUAGCAAUAGGAAUUGCAAUAACCACCAGCAAAGCUCACAGUGCAGAAGCUGAAAUGUGAGGGGAAAGAGGGGGAACAAAAAUGGUGCUCUAGCUGCCUCGUGAGAGCCAGAACUCGUGGACUUUCCUGGGGGGGUCUCAGGUCUUUUAUGGUAUUUAGUACUCAUCCACAGUGGGCAUUAUGUACACAUCCUGUGGUUACAGUCUCUGUGUAAUGUAUUUACUGUUUUGUUAAUACAAUUUUAUGAGAAAUUUUAAA